AUGGCACCAUGCUUCAUGCCAGUUUGUCAAUUUUGGGGCCCAUGGGGACAAUGGACGAGUUGUUCAGCGACUUGUGGAUCGGCUCAACGAUCAAGGAGACGACAAUGCAUUGGUGGAAAUGAUUGUAUUGGAGGGAAUCUGGAAAACCAAGAUUGUGGUCUUUCCCCGUGUCCGGAAUGGUCGGAAUGGGGUUCAUGGGAAGGAUGUAAUCAGUCAUGUGGACGAGGCCUUGAGAAGAGAUUCCGUCGUUGUGAGGGUGGGCUCUCGUGUCCAGGAAUGCCCGUUGAAGAGCGCAUCUGUGACCGUGGUCUUUGUCCAUAUUGGGGUUCAUGGAGUCGGUGGAGUCAAUGUUCGACGAGUUGUGGUGGUGGAGUGACUAUUCGAACCAGGGAAUGCAUAAAUGGACCAGGUUGUGAUGGAGAAAUGGAGAACAAACAACAUUGCAACACAGAGCAAUGCCCGAUUUGGUCAGAGUGGACUGAUUGGACAUUGUGCCCUAAAAGAUGUGGAGAAGAAGCGGCAAGGAUCAGAAAUCGAGCCUGUUACUAUAAAGGAGUAAUGUUCUCUGGUUGCGAGGGGCCGGCUCAAGAUCAGUCUCCUUGUCCAGUGACACAAUGUCCAAAAUGGAGAGAAUGGGGUGAUUGGAGUGAGUGCAGUCAAACGUGUGGACAGGGUACACAAAUCAGAACUCGUACCUGCGACGGAAACGGUUGCGAAGGUCCGACAAAAGAGAUGCGUUUCUGUCAGAUCUCCGUUUGUCCAUAUUGGGGUGAAUGGGGACAAUGGAGUGGCUGUUCAGUCACAUGUGGACUGGGUGUCUCCAAAAUUUCCGGUCGAUUGUCACGAAACACAACACCAAGUCCAUAUUUGAUAAAUGGGCGAUCAAGUCGGACAUCAGAAGAGAUCUUUUCAUCAUGGUCUCGAAAAAAGCGGUCAUUUUCUCGGGAAAGCGCCGAAUCGGUCGGCUGCGACGGGGUAGAUGUCGAGAGGAAAACGUGUGAUGCUGGUCCAUGUUGUUAUUGGGAUGAGUGGACAGAUUGGUCGCCAUGUAUUGGUUGUGGAGUGAGCUCUAUCUCGAGGAGAAGUCGAGCUUGCAAUGGUGGAAGUAUGGCACAUGCGCAAUUCCAAGAAGAUCCACUAAAAUCUCCUUACCAAUUGCCUUCUCCAUCUCCUUACCAAUUGCCUUCUCCAUCUCCUUACAAAUCUUCUCCAUUCGGAGAUCUUCAGCCAAUCAUCCCCGUGAAUUUUCGUGGAAAGAGAGGAGCGAUUUCUCAGUAUUUACCGGGCUCAGAAUGUCAAUGUGACGGUCCAGCUAUCGACACCCGAACUUGUCCAUCACCGCCAACUUGUGAAUCAACAGCUGAAUUCUCGCAUGAUGUAUAUCCAACUCUGAAACAAAUCGAUCCGCCACCCGUUUGCGAGUGGACCGAAUGGGGGAAAUGGUGUGGAUGUGAGAACUGCCGGGCUGGACGAGAGAAUCGUCGACGUUUCUGUGAUCUGCCGGCGAGAAGGCCAGGUGGGCCGACGAGACCCGAUCCAAAUUGUCAUUGUUCGGGCACAGACAUCGAGGAAAGGACGUGCAUUGUUAGUGAGAAAUGCCUUGCCGGGAUAAGUGAUGUGGGUGCUUAUCCGGAACGCCCAGUUCGACCAUCAUUUCCGAGAGCUGAAGAAACGACAUCUUCUGUCGAAUUUCAUCAAGAUCAACGCCCAAAACAUCAACGAAUUGGAUUAGCUGGAAGUGGAUUUAAUGAACAAAAGCCAGUCGAUUAUGCUGGGCCGAUCUAUUCGAGUGUUGAAAUAUCGAGUAUUCAAAAAGGGCCAUGGAAUGGAAAAGAGGAUGAUGGCAAUUCGACAACACUGGGAAAAGCAAUUCUUGUGCAAGAUUUCAAGAAAGAUUCUCUCUUUUCGGAGGAUCAAACGGGGAAUUUGAUUGGUGAUCUGUGUCGAUGGUCAAAGUGGUCAGACUGGUCGGAGUGCGAAGCGAGUCGGCUGAAGCAACGGAAUCGUUUCUGUAUCGGUGCAAAUUCUCGAUCUUCAAAUGUUUGUCAAUGUAUGGGUCUCUCGGUGGAAGAAACCUCGUGUGUCCCGUCAUUAGCUACAUCUGUUGAAUUCAUUGCACUCUCAAAUCAAAGACCUCAAAAAGAAAAAGCAUUAAUCACAUCAAGGAAUGAAGAAAAUGAAGAAAAUGAAGUAAAUGGAGCUGAAGAAGAGGCGUUAAUUAUUGGGAAGUGGUCUCCAUGUACAGCGACGUGCGGAACAGCGGAGAGAUUGAGGAGGAGGCGAUGCGAGUGCGAAAAUGAAUCCCUUUGUGGCAGCGGAAUCACAACAGAAACUGAGGGUUGUGAGAUGCCGCCAUGCGAAGAAAACGAUUUGAUCACCUCUCGUCCAUUCCCUAAAUUCUCGAUCUUUUGG